CCACCACCGCGGCAGCCGCUGCCACCGCCGGUCUCCCUCCUCCUCCACCACCACUCCAUCCCCCGCUUCGCUUCGCCUCCACAAAAAAAAAUCUCUUCCGCUUCUCGAUUCCUCGCCGCCGCCGCUCCAAGCCCUAGCGGCGGCGCGGCGUGGAACCAUGGAGAUCUCCUUCGACGCGUGGGUCGGGGUGCAGCGGCACGGGCAGGACCUCGCGGACCGCCUCGCGCAGGGCUUCUCGGGCCUCCUCCUCCACGCGCACCCGCCGCAGCUCCACUGGUCCGCCCCCGCGCUGCCGGCCAAGCUGAUACCCUUCGAGAUCGACCUCCCCGUCGUCCCCUUCGUCGUCGGAGGGAGGCGGGCCGGGGGCGGGAGGGGCGCCGCCGACCUCCCCGCCGCGGCCGUCGCGUCGUUCGUCGAGAUCGGCGGGCGGCUCGGCCAGGCGGGGUCCGAGCUCGGGGCGUGCGUCGGGGGCGCCGUGCAGCAGCUGGCGCGGCAGAUCCUUGUCCCGUUCCUGGCGGAGAGCGCGCGGGGCCGGAAGUGGGAGGCGAUUCCGCCGCAGCCUGCUGCUGCGGCGGCGGCGGCGGCGACGGUGAAUGAGGGGGAGGUGGCUCUCGCGGUGGAGAGAGCUGAGGAUAAGGGGCUCGCAUCGGAGAGGGUCGGAGACAGAGGGCCUCUCGAGGUAGCUGCUGCAGCGGCCGCGGCAGCCACUGGAAGUGCCACUGCGACUAGCGUUGGUGGUGCGGAAGGUGGUUUGGAUGAGGAAGAUGAUGGGUUCGGAUGCGAUAUUGGGACUAUUGGUAACUUCAAGAAGGCUAAGGGAACCAUAAAUAUCUCAGCAACAUACGAGACCAGGCACCAUGACUUUGAGACUUCAGUUGUUGCACGUGGGGACCUUUGGAGGUUGGAGUCGUCGCGUGGUGGUUCAAAUUCUGGCGAUGAAAAUGCUCCGCUUUUCCUUGUUCAGCUGGGACCUUUAUUAUUUGUUCGUGACUCUACACUUCUUUUGCCUAUUCAUCUGUCAAAGCAGCACCUUCUUUGGUAUGGCUAUGAUCGCAAGAACAAAAUGCACUCCUUAUGUCCAGCUAUCUGGUCAAAACAUAGAAGAUGGAUGGUGAUGUCAAUGAUGUGCCUCAAUCCUGUAACCUGUUCUUUCAUGGAUGUGCAGUUCCCAAAUGGACAGCUAACAUACGUUGCUGGAGAAGGGAUAACAGCAAGUGGAUUUUUCCCAUUCUUUGGUGGUUUGCUUCAAGCUCAUGGAAAAUGUCCUGGGGAAACAAGAUUAAGCUUCUCCUUCAAGAGCAAACAAGGCACAAGGUUCACCCCUAUGUUUCAAUGGCCUGACAAUUCUCUUUCAUUUGGAGUUGCACAAGCCUUAGCGUGGAAAAGAUCUGGCCUUAUGGUGAGGCCCAGCAUUCAAGUCAGUGUUUGCCCCACAUUUGGAGGAAGCGAUCCUGGGAUACGGGCAGAGUUUGUCCAUUCAUUGAAGGAGGAACUCAAUGUAAUGUGUGGUUUCUCUUGUGCCAGACAUCCCUCGGCCUUCACAGCUGUUUCUCUCGGGCGAUCCAAGUGGAAUGGACAAGUCGGCAGUUCAGGACUAGUAAUCACCUUGGAAACACCGCUGGACAACUUGGCUAGACCAUCUUUAUCUGUUCAAUUGAAUGGAGGUUUUGAGUUAUGACGUCUAUUCCUGUAAGCUGUACAUAUCGCUGUAUAUAUUGCACGGUGUCCAUACUUUCAUGUUUCUGGAGAGAGCUGCCAACCUAUAAAUUGUAUUAUGUGGACGUUGGUUGAAUCUCCUUUUAGUGCCCCUUAUUAUAGGUUUUAGCCCAGCACCAAAGUCGCAAUUCAAUAGGUAAGGAAGUAAGUAGCUGGAGCUGUUGCAGGUGCGAAUAUGUUGCGUCCAUUUUGUCGUCAUCGCUUGUAAGUAGAAUGUAUGUAUUGCUGUAGCACACCAUAAUAUGGGUUCCUGUUGCCAUUGUUGGUCAAUGGUCUGGUCGACAUUGUAGCCCUCGUUGUCACACUGUUUUCUGCGAGGGAAAUGAUUUUGUACUUUUGUCCUCUGGAGUUUGAACUGUACUUUUGUCAAGUUACCCUUAUGUAACCAAAAUGCCCUUGACAAAUGCUUA